AUGAAUGAACUUUAUGAUCGAUCCCACUUUUUUCCCCGAGAUUCGUCGUCACCCAUUUUUCGUCCUUCUAUAAAAGUUCCUCCUGUUUUGAGACGCUUUGAAACUGCGGCCGGCAUGGACGAGGACGAAGAUGAACGACCGAAAUUGGCGGCGACUGAAGAGACGGAAGAAGACCCGCUGGGCGGUCUGAUCUCGCCGAUCUCGUGCAAAGACGGCAUCAUCAACUCCCUGGAAGAUCUGCUCAACUACGUGGCUUCCGGCUGGAAGUACCACGUCUCGAACACGGACGGCGUCAAACAGGCCUGGUUCAAGCUCGACAAUGCGACUACUAGGAUUUGCUCCCAUUUGAAGGGUGAGGAGAAGCACUUGGAAUGGGAGCUGAGACUUCAAAUUGUUUCAAGAUCGAAUAUUAAGAAUGCUUGA